UGUUUUAGACAUAUUUUCAGUCGGUUUUUUUUUCGGCGACUUUUCGGUGUACUUCUGUGACUGUGAGUUUCAGGACGUUUUUCUUGGUGAAGUUCCACGAAAAAAUCUGGAUUACUUGGCUCCCUUGCGGUUCAGUACGUGUCUUUUCGGCGGACAAUGAGCUCUAAAAAGUGUGCGCGGUGUGAAAAGACGGUGUAUCCUCUUGAAGAGUUGAAAUGUUUGGACAAGAUAUGGCACAAAGGCUGCUUCAAAUGUCAAGAAUGCGGCAUGACACUAAACAUGAAGACGUACAAGGGAUUCAACAAGCUUCCCUAUUGCAGCGCUCACUGUCCACAGGCCAAACACACAACUGUGGCAGACACACCAGAGGCCAAGCGGCUUGCAGAGAACACUCGCAUACAGAGUCAGGUGAAGUACCAUGAAGACUUUGAGAAGCUCAAGGGAAAAGUGACGCAAGUUGCCGAUGACCCGGAGACAAUGCGCAUCCGCCAGACUUCAAAGAUCAUCAGCAAUGUGGCUUACCAUGGCGAGCUAGAACGCAAGAAUCUCAUGGAGCAGCGCCGAGGGCUGCUGCCACAGGAUCGCAAUGGCCACGGUGAUAGUGCCGAACAAGAGACCUCCACAACCUGUGACAUUGCUCAGUUUCCACCCCCUCCUCCUCCCCCUAACGAGGACCGGCCCAGCAGCAGAACACUCCAGUCAGUCCGGGCAGCCACCGAGUACGAUAUGCCGGCCAAUAACAACUCCCCCUACAGCUCCAAGCUGCAAUCCACAGUUAUCUACACAUCUGAGGAAGGACCAGUGCAAACUCAGCCUGUGCGCAAGGUCGGUUCAAUUGCAGACUAUGAUCCGUUGAACGACAACUAUGGGUCUUCUGCCGUAGGAUAUAACCCGCCGCAGGCUCAGCAUUACUAUAGAGGACCUGCCCCUGCCAUGCAGCGUGUGAUGCCUUCUCAAUCCCAGGUGCCAAGUGGGCGAACUUUCCGGGCAAUGUAUGACUAUGUGGCCCAAGAUGUCGAUGAAGUCAGUUUCCUCGACGGCGACAUGAUUGUGAGUUGCGUGCCCAUCGACGAGGGUUGGAUGACCGGCACCGUCCAGCGCACAGGCCUUACGGGGAUGCUGCCUGCAAACUAUGUUGAACCUAUCAACUGAAUCCUGUUCACUGCCGCUCCCGCUGUGCUUUCUUUUCCUUUGUGUCAAGUGCUUUGCAGGCUUUCAGUUGGUGCCCAAGACUCAUGCAUUUUCUUUUCAUUUACUUUUCGAAAAAAACAUGAUAGGUGGUUUGCGUGCUUUAUUUAGGUGCAAUGAAAAACUUUUUGUGCUCUCUUGUGCUUGUGAGAAACUGAUUAUUUUAGUUCAGAAUGUCUUCCUAUUUUGCCUCCUCAGUUACUGUCACUGGGAUUAUAAAAUGUAAUUGGCUAACGUCAUAGAAGCCCUUUGACAGACAUCACUGGUCAUGUGAUAGCCUAACUGCUUGCACAGAGUAGGCAUAGUCGCAGACACAGUAAGCAAUGAUUUCUAUUUCCUUCUUCAAAUUACUUCUGCCUUUGAAUUUUCUUACUCUUUCUACAGUGCCUAUAAUUUUUUAUAUUUGUAUAAAGUGCAAAGUAUGUAGUGUAUACCAUCAGAAAUUAAUGUACAGGCCACCUGCUGUGCUUCAUGGUGUGCAUUUGCUAUUUUUCAUUUUUGAACACUGUUGGGAUAGAAGUGGCAGGUUUUGUGAACUGCUGAGAUGCAUUUAGCAAGUGUGCCUUGUGCAGAAUACAUAUGUUCAGGUUCAUCCCGUUUGUCAGCUUACUAUGGUUUGAAUUCUGUGUUUUUGGUUACUGCUAAGAUGGCAUACUGUUUCCUUUGUGUGAAAAGACUUGCCAUGGCUGAUCAUGGGGUUGUUCUCACCGAGUACUUCAAAACUGCAUUUUAGCAUGUGUCACUAACAAGAUGUGCAGUGUUCUUUCUUUUUUUUCUUUCUUUUCUUCUCUCUCCUUCCCCGAUUUUUUUUUCCCUAAUGGGGUUUGCAGUCUGGUCUCUUGUGGCUGGAUGUUUUUAGGAAUUAUUACUAUAGUCACAGUAUAUUUAAACACAAGCCUAAUUCAUGGCCAUGCAUCAAGCACUGUCUUUGAUGUGAAAUGUAUUUGUCAAAAGCCUUAUUUAAGCGCGCCUAAAGUAUUAGUAGCUGCUAAAGACGUUGUGACUGAAAGAAUUGCGAAAGUUUUUUUUUUGCAUUGUUCAUGAAAGCUUUUGCAGGCUGAUGCUGUAGCAUGGGACUAUAUUUGUACAGCUUCCUUUUGCAACUGUGCCUGGGCAUCAUAGGACUGCAUUUGAGUUGAAUAUGUUGGCUAUCCACCAGGGUCUACUUUUGCACAACUUAGGUUAUCUGGUAAAAGGAUGAAUACAGUGUAGUAUAAACGGCAUUCAGUAGAACAUAUAACUUUAUACUUGAAUGUGGCAGCAUUAAAGCAUAUUUGUUGCUCAGGGUUUAGAAGCUGUCUGCCUUCUUGUCUCUUGUUUUAUUGUUGGGUGUUAGUGCCUGUCUCUUGAAACUGUUUACCUUUGUGACUUUGCUCAUGCUUGUUGUGUAUUGCAACAUUGAUCUUUGUGCCCUUAAAAGAAUAUCUUCAGUCUAAUGUUCAAGUGUGGAAGCAUGUGGUAGAGCCGAUGAAAAUGCUAUCUAAACAUUCAAGCUCAAAGUUAGGGUUCAUGCUAACAUUUUUUUUUUUUUUAAGGCAUAUACUCGUAAGGGGAACUGCUGUGUUUAUUGCAUGGCUAUUUAUUGCCCUAAGCCUCUAUACAGUUUUGUUUUAUACUUGUCUGACCAAUGUGUUCUGUGCUCUGAAUUUGACGUGUUAAUUUUUAACUACACAUAAUGCUCAAAGCCUCGCUUUGUGCUCAUUUGAAUUGUACCUAUAGCCCCUUCAGUAAUCACGAUUUCGUGUGUGUGCCACCUUGACGUUGCGUGCAUUUUCGCUAUGCGUAAUGCUUGGAGGUGCACGUAGAACAAAAGCUUCAUGCUUGUGGCCUUUUGUCAGCUACGUUUACCUCCUCGUAGUUCAGCCAAUGAGGCCUCCAACUGUGUGUACAAAGUAUGACUCAUUUGCAAUUAACAUGUGUACACUACUCAGCAUUAUGUGCCUUCUCGCAGUCCGACAGUGCCAGAUGGGUAAUCAAGCUUUGACAUACCCAGUUUACAUGCACUCUUUGUCUAGACACUAAAGCACUUUGUAUGUUGAUCCUUUGGCUGGUGUAGUGCUUAAAAGCCUACCCCUCCUCCUCCCCCCCUCUUUUUUUUUUUGAAAAAUAAAGUUUUUUAAGAUAGAUUA